CUCUCAUAAUGUCUUGGUCACUAGCGCGAGCUCCUCUUUCCUUGUCAUUCAUGCUCGUUCACGCUGCAGCAGGAGGGUAGACAGGUCGUAAUGACUGCCGAAGCUGUAACACAUAGCGAAAGCCAGCUUGAGCCGGCCUCAUGUUCGCUGGCCCGAAUUCCCACUGAACUCCUCGCAAUCAUCAUCAGUUAUCUCGGGAAAAAGGACUUGUUCUCUGUCGCUCUCGUCUGUCGGAGGCUCAACGAUAUAGUGACCACUGUCUGGUUCGGGACUCCCAAACAAUACCAAAAAGCAUACGGCGCCUUCAGUCCCUCCCGUGCCGGUCACGCCCUCCCAUAUUCGUCAUUCAAAGACCUCCGACUAUGUCUUGUCACGAAACCCAUGAUCCCCAACAUAAAAUUAUCCUUAAGCAAAGACUUCGCCCCAGACUUUCGCGAGUUCCUGCGCUAUUUCGACACUCUUCCUCGGGAUAGAGCGCCUCCUGAUGUCCAGAUCGAUCUACACCACACGGUGUGGAGACGUUCAAAUGUACGUGAUGCCGACGAGUACGACGCAGAGAGGCUCAAUGCCUUUUUCACCCGCAUUGCCGAAUUGAACUGCGUUACAGCCCUCCAUACAUGCACAGAAAGCGAACCAUGGCUGGAUGUCAAAGGAGAGGACGGCCAACCUAUCUUCUGUCCUCCUACACUCACUACCCUUACUGAGGAGUACCUCAAACCUCUUUCCGAAUCCUACUCCGACUGGCUCAUCCGCUCAGCCAACGCGUCACCCGUCAACAAGCUCGUCAUCGCCUACCCAGACGGAUCCAUCCUCCUUCGAUUACAUCUCCCUAAACUCCGCGAUGCCUUGAUCAACGGCGGGAAGAUAUCAACGCAUCAUUUGUCGCUAUUCCUAGACCAGGAGGCACAUUCCCGUCUCGAGGAGUUGAUCUUCGCUCCGAAUACCGUCUUGUAUCACGAAAUGCCGGAUGUAGGUCACCCAGAGUGCCAUGCAGCUAUGCAGCUUCGCCCUGGAGCGCUCUCCCACCUCACGUCCGUUGCUGCAGACACCGACGUCCUCGCGCUCCUCCUUUCGGCACCUCACGCGUUCACAGGCCUGCAGCGCGUGGAUGUCCGGCUUCCGUACUAUCGGGGUCCUAGCAUAGGGCAGGAGGUACGUCGGAUAUUCUCAUGGGUAUCAGAGAUUCCUAGCGUGCUGCGUAUGACGCUGCCGUUAGAGGACCUGGCUUACAAUGACUGGGAGUACUUGUCAUUGGAAUCGGAUGAGGACCCGAUCGUCCUGCCGCAUGUGAAGAAAUUGGUAUGUGGUGGGUAUCCCCGGUAUGAUUGGUCGAUUCGUCUUGACCAGAUUGCGGUGUUUUUCCCUGGGGUGGAGGAGUUUGUUAUGGAUAGAGCAAGCUGGAAGGAGCCGCGUCGGUUGGAUUGCGUGGAACAGAUGAGGGAACAGUGGCCCUCACUGAAACGUGUGGUUAUUGAUGGUGUACGAUAUACGAAUGGGAAGUAAAGUUGAGAUGUGAAGCUGUUUUUAUUUCGGCUCGUCUAACGCGUGUAUGCUAUGCUUGCUUAUAUUGUUGCUGAUUUUCUUAUAGUUGACGAAAUGUACAUUAGAUACGUUUUAAAUUAAUCUUAUCCCUGCUCUUCGGAUUAAAACGACAGUUCUCUUUCGCGUACAGGCUAUCAUUUAUAUCAUCAGCAAUGCACGACCAAAAGCCAAGUAACGA